GCCAGAAAAUACCACAACAUGAAAAGUGACAACCAGAGCUUCUCAGGGGACCCCCCUAAAGCCUUCAUCCUUCUGGGUGUGUCUGACAGGCCAUGGCUGGAACUCCCUCUCUUUGUGGUCCUCCUGCUGUCCUACGUGCUGGCCAUGUUGGGGAACGUCGCCAUCAUCCUGGCAUCCCAGCUGGAUCCUCAACUCCACAGUCCCAUGUACACCUUCCUCAGCCACCUGUCCUUCCUGGACCUCUGCUACACCACCACUACGGUCCCUCAGAUGCUGGUCAACAUGGGCAGUUCCCAGAAGACCAUCAGCUACGGAGGCUGCACUGUGCAGUAUGCAGUCUUCCACUGGCUGGGAUGCACGGAGUGCAUCCUCCUGGCCGCCAUGGCCCUGGACCGCUACGUGGCCAUCUGCGAGCCCCUGCACUACGCCAUUCUCAUGCACCGUACUCUCUGUCAGCAGCUCGUGGCUCUGGCCUGGCUCAGUGGCUUCGGCAACUCCUUCGUGCAGGUGGUCCUGACUGUGCAAUUGCCAUUCUGUGGGCGGCAGGUGCUAAACAACUUUUUCUGCGAGGUGCCGGCCAUGAUCAAGCUGUCGUGUGCCGACACAGCUGUGAAUGAUGCCACGCUGGCUGUGCUGGUGGCCUUCUUCGUGUUGGUGCCCCUGGCUCUCAUCCUUCUCUCCUAUGGCUUUAUUGCCCGCGCAGUGCUCAGGAUCCAAUCCUCCAAGGGACGACACAAGGCCUUUGGGACGUGUUCCUCCCACCUGAUGGUCGUCUCCCUCUUCUACCUACCUGCCAUUUACAUGUAUCUUCAGCCCCCUUCCAGCUACUCCCAAGAGCAGGGCAAAUUUAUUUCUCUCUUCUAUUCCAUAAUCACCCCCACUCUCAAUCCCUUCAUCUACACCCUGAGAAAUAAAGAUGUGAAAGGGGCUCUGAGGAGACUCCUGGCCAGGAUCUGGAGGCUCUGUGGACGAUGAGGACGUGAGAUGUAGCAUCUCCAUCAAUUAAAGAGCACUGCACAAGUCUAUUGUGCACUCAGAGCAU